AUGCCAGUAGUAUCAUCCAAGAUAUUUUGCCUGUCUCUUGCGCAUAUUAUGUUGGGGGCUUUCAUGAUGCUAUGUGGAGCUGUUCAAGUUAUUCUUCAAAUGAAAUAUCUGUGGCUGGAUUCUUUCUAUGCUGGUAUCUGGGUCGGGAUAUGGGUAAGGUAUUGUGAAUCUAGUCGCAGCAUCUACACGAUCUCAUCUUCUCAAAUUUAGGGAGAAAUUAAAGAAAAUCCCUACUGAGAUAAUCGAGUUUUGACAUACAGCCUUAACUUUCAUACAUGUGCUUAAGUAAUUGAUGAUAAAUUUUGCGUAUUUAUCAGUCUGAAUUUAUUUAGAAUUAUUGUCCCAGCUUGAUUUAUAAGAUCAGUCAAGAUCUGUUCUUGCAAACGUGUUGUGGAAGUAAAGAACGCCAAACAGCUUUCUUUAUAUACAGAAAGAACUUUACAACCACCGCGAAAAGUAUGAAUGAAACCCGGAAGUAAAAUGACCGCCAUUGCAACGCCAAAAAGCUAAGCUAGUACUUGAGUCGGGUAGCCAGGGGCUAUGGCAAAGUCAAUUCCAAGUAGACCGUAUUAAUUCUGCAAGCAGAAUACUGUAAAGAUGAUAGUAUCACGUGAUCCUACGUUCGGCAUAUUCGUUUGCGGUCAUUUGCAGUCCUGUGUGGUUAAUGUUUGUCAUUACAUGAUGUAUUUUGGGGCCGUAGAUCUUUUAUAGAUCCGAUAUGCUGUAAUUUUUGCAUGGUUCUGUCCAUGUUUUUGACGUUGGUUUUAGCUAAUCCUUUAUUUUCGCCAGAAGACACGUGGUAUGGCGUGAUUCUGUGGGUGUUGAGGGUUUUAUAGGCUAGGGCUUAAAUCAGACUGCGCGGAUAUUUUUCAUCAGAGCUUACCCGGUUGUUUACACCAUACUGACGAGCCCCAAACAUAGGCGUACGGGCCGGGAGGCGAGGGGGGCUGCAGCCCCCCCUAAUUUUGGGCAACUCAGAUUUUUUGGGCAGCGAGAGAAAAUUUGGGCAAAGCCAGUUUUUAAAGACGUCUCCAUGUUUAUUUAAUUAUUUUAAAGACCUGAAUAUUAACCUGAAGUCGGCGUAAUAAUCCAGUUACAUUACAGUGGUUGCCUAGCAUGUGAUGAGUAAUUUACAUAUUUGCAGUUUUUUUUGUUGGGCACUAUACUGCCGCUGCACUAGCUGGAAUGGGCUAUUUCCAGUCGUGAAUUGAUUAAAAUAAACUUUCGCAUAACUUUCUAGAAUCAUCUCCACUCGAAGAGCAGAGUAUGGCAGAUAGCAUUUAACAAUGGUUAUGAAAAUGAAGAAGUGGCUGACUAAUUCUCAGUUUGAAUUACGAGAAGAAUCUUAAUUUUUUUUAAAAAUCUAUCGAGUUGUUUAAAAUUAUUCGCUAAUUUGUUAAAGUAGACCGAAAUGUAUACAAAACCGCUAACAAGAGUGUCUCGAUACAUACUAAUCAAAUCCUUUUUUCGAUUCUAGCAAUCAAGCAGAGCUAUCUCCAUGAUCUUCACACAUGUUUUUAAAAGGUUUAAAACUGCUAUGAGGUGAAAUUGCAGGUCAAAAGCGCUUCGUUUUCUUCAGAUAACGGCCAAACAUCAAGAUUUUCCUUUCCUCACCAUAUUUCUAAUAAUAAAAACUUCAUUCCAAAAUAUCUCGAUAACGCUCUUAAGGUUUUGCUUAAACUUCACGAACGCGUGGCGACCGUAUUGGAGAAAAAACCUCCUGUGAACGAUUUUGCAAGGUUGCCGUGCAGGGAAUCAUUGCUGAAGUAAAAUAGGUAAUGGGGGGGAGUCAUUUCGUUGUUAUGACGACUCCAAUGUCAUUGCAACCCUGAUGAUGACAAAUUUUCAUCUUAAUACAACCGUGGUCGCAAUUUUUCCAAAUGUUUGUUUAUGGCGACGUAGUUUAUGCUCAGACUUGGUAUUGACCCUGAAAAACCGUAUCGAGCCACCUUCAUAUGCCAGGACGGCAUAUGUUGUUGUAAUAUGGCCCUCAUUUCUUUUCGACUCCUUCGUAAAAAUUUGGGCAACUUGCGACAUUUUUUUUUGGCAAAUGGUUUACCGCCCCCCCUGGCAAAAAAUUUCCCGUACGCCUAUGGCCCCAAAAAGGCCGAAACGGCUGUCUAUGGCUACAAUCCCGCUCUGUUUGAGUUCUUUCGGUGUCGUGUUGAUGUCUUGCAAAGUUAAUUUUCACGUAGUACGAUCAGCAUUGCAGUAUUCUGCUCGCAGAAUUUAAUAUGUCUUCUUCUUAUUUUUGCUGAUCAGGUCUUUGUAUAUCCUACGUUCGGCAUGUUCGUUUGCGGUCCUUUGCAGUCCUUUGUGGUUAAUGUUUGUACUCAAUUCCAAACUGUUUUGUACCAAAGAGACUGUAACUCCGAUUUUGCCCUAAUUGGACACGACAACUGGAUGUUUUACACAAGGAAAAUACAAGGAACUUGCGCAGUAACAGUGGUUGAAAACUCUACCUUUUCAAAAAGAGACGAACUGUUUCCAGCAACUAAUCACUAGCAUAAUUCUGAUUUCUUUAAAAACAGAGCCCGAGUGAUAAGAUAAGUAUAUUAACAAAAAAGCUCCGUAAAACUAUGGAAAAUUCCCAUGCCACUUAUUAGCUAUAUUUGGCCUCAAGCAAACGUAUUUGCUUCUUGAUUUUUUUUGUAUGUGUUAACUGUAAGAUACAUGUGAUUAUCACACCGAGGGCAGGAAUACAAAGUUCAGUAUAAAUUCACAUGGAUGUCAUUUUAUUCUUUAGUGUAUAUUUUAUAUGUUGAUUCAGUUGAUUGGGCCCGACGAUUUCGUAUAAAAUACCCGGUUUAUAGUGACAAACAUGACUUAAAACCCGACAAAGUUAGUUUUAUUUGUGGAGCAUUCCCGCUGUACGUAUUUUGCAUUUUCAUUAACACCAUUUAUGCACAUAACAAACCUUUAUGUGACUUAUCUAUUAUCAGACCGAGACGAAUUUACCGUGAUUAGAAAAAAGACUGAGACAGGAGGGAAUAUUCUUUUAAGAAACAAACUGCUUAAAAUAAUAAUAAUAAUAAUAAUAAUAAUAAUAUUAUUAUUAUAUUAUUAUUAUUACUAUUAUUAUUAUAUUAUUAUUAUUAUUAUUAUUAUUAUUUAUGUAUCUAUUUAUUCAUUUAUUCAUUUUGAUCUCGAUUUCUUGCAGAUGAUUUUCACAGGAAUCAUGGGCAUUAUUGCCAACUCCGAGAAUAGAUUGUAUGUAAGUAAUCUUAACUCACGAAACUUACAUUCCUUUUUACGAAACUUUUUUUUAUAGCCUAAGUAUAUUUAUUGAUUGAUUGAUUGGUUGAUCAGAUUACUACCAAAAGUGGCAGGGCAGCAAAUAAAGAGCCAAGGGGCUUAUUAUUUAUUUUAUUCAGGCUACCAUUUACAAACAAAUUCAAAGCUUUUUAAGUAUACAUAAAUGACAAAGAAGAAUAAAUUAAGUAAAGGUAGUAAGUCAAUAAUAAGGUUAAGAGGUAUAAUUAUCAAUCAACAAUAUCAAGAGCUAGCCAUCAUGACUCUUGACAAUAUCAAAUUAAUUUGGGAUCUAAUUGUUGAUUCAAAUUGUCUUAAGGAAAAAAAUAUUCCAGUUAAUAGUCUAAAAAUUUAUUCCAAUGAUUAAAAUUAAGCAGGAAAAGAGGAAAAGAAAAAAAACUAGGCUAUACAAGAAAUUAUUAAUCAACAAUUAAUGGAAAUGAUUUAGCCUGUUGAACUAAAAAUUUAUGUAAGUUCUUUUUAAAGACAUUUUUGAAGAUUCGUCUUUGAGUCAGCAGUAGGGAGGGUUAUUCCAAAACUUUGGGCCUUGAUAUGCUACGGCCUACUGGAAGUACUUUAUUUUUGAAAGAAAACAUGAACAAGCCGAUCGUUAGCAUAUUUAUACUACUACAUGAGACAUUUCUGCAAUUUGAUCGGCUGAGAACAGUGUGGUAUUUCAGCUUAAUUUGAAACACCUACAGGUGAAAAUUACAAACCUUUUGUGGGUAGUAGUAUAAACAAAUAAUAGCAUGAUUUGUACGUGAUCUUUGGCAUAAAUACCACUCGUGAUAUUUCAAAAUUGUCUCAAAUUUCGAAAUAUCACUCGUGGUAUUAAAGCCAAAUAUCACUACGAAUCAUGCUAUUACCUAUACAAAUAUUGGUCAUAUUAAGAAUUUCAUGCUCAUGGAAUAAUGGAGCACUGGGGGCAUCAAAACAGGACUUAGUGAUUACUCUUAUGAUACGUUUUUGAAACACAACAAGUCUAUUCAAGGUAGGUAAAUAGACCCCCAAACAAUUGUUCCAUAUUGAAAGUAAGGAUAGACAAGAGCAAAAUAUAGAGUACGCAACGAUGGCAUAGAAAGGUAGAAUCUGGCUUUUGUCAUGAACAGAUUUAUAGACCUUAUUAGCAAUUAAGUUAGCACGUUCUUUCCAAUUUAAAUUUUCAUCGACAUAAACACCUAGAAAUUUAGUGUGUCUUACGUUCAGUAGUUUGGUUGUUUAUUCUAUUUUUACCCACACGAGGCAAGAGAGAAGGAAGAGAUUUUCCACAGAGUAAUAAGUAAAAGUCAAGCUGUUUUAGAAUUGACUCCCGUUUCCAUGAAUGCACAUUUCUUGCAGUUUUCCUUCGUAAGAAGAAUCGGCGUUGCCCCCACCAGGAAGCUUCUUGAUGCCUUUGUAAGUACCUGAAUUGCACUCUCGCAAGGCUAGCUAAGAUGGCAGUCAGACUUAGAAGGGACCAUAGCAUAGGUAUUUUAACGCCCCGUGCAAAGUGCAAACGGACGCAACAUUGUUGACGUCACAGUGGUUGAGUCGGUUUGCACACCCUGUUGCAUGUAGGUGCGUGUUGUUGAGAGUUGAUGCCCAAAUUUUCAAAACCGGUCAAAGUUUUGACUUCCGUGAUCACUGAAGCGUAGUGCAACAAUAUUGGAUCCGUUUGCUCAACUCUUCCAACACUGUAGGGGCCACGCUCGCGCAUUACACAUGGCAAAUUAGUCUUGUGGGUUGCAUCCUUCCUAAGAUGCGCAGUAGGUCCCAACAUUGUUGGGAGUUGAUGCAUAUGUUUACACACCAAUACCAACACGGACGCAACAAGUCCCAACAUUGUUGUUGCGUCCGUUUGCACCUAGCUCAGGCGGAAACAGACGCAACAAUGUUGGCCAACAACUCCCAACAUUGUUGGAGGUUACACUGUGUUGCUUCCGUUUGCACACCCUGUUGCAUGUUGUUGCGCAACGUAUGAAAGCGGUCAAAAUUUUAGCUACGUGCAAACGGACGCUAUAAAUUUUAAAAUCCCAGACUUGGAAGAAUCCAAGACUGUCUUGUCACCCCAUGUAAAGGAGUCCCGGUUCCAGCAAGAAUAUCCGGGAUAUUUUUGCUUUUAAAAACUUUAAAUCCAUGAAAAUUGAGGUUGUGGAAUCAAGGGGAAUAUUAGGGACUGGUAAAAAAGUAUGCUGGAGCAUUUGGAAAUGUGGUUGAUAAAAAAAACAUGGCCCACCCCCUUCCUUCGGUACAAAAAUGACUGACCCACCACAAAAGCAAGGUUGGUUUCCGGUUAAUAAUCCAAUAAAACCUUGUUCUGUGCGUGACAAAAUUUGUUGAUACACUGCUACAACCAAAAUCAAAAUCACAGAAAUCAUACUUUUCACUGAAAAGACAAAUGUGAAAAAGCGAACAUUUCUUGUUUCGAUGGACAUUAUGAGUCUUGACACAAAUAUAAAAGCAAGACGAGGGUAUUUAACAAUUAUUCUUUGAAAUCGAGGUGAAUAGUGGCUAAAUAUUUACCGAGCCACAAAGUGGCGAGGUAAAUAUUCCUAAAGCCACUAUUCACCGAGAUUGAAAAGAAUAAUUGUUUUAGUGUAUACACACGAAGUGAUCUCAGCAAAAUCAGAGAGGAAACCAUUAAAAAGUACGAUUUGAUUGACAGAUCAGAGUCUGGUCAGCUAGACACGCGAAAGUUUAAAAAUAGAGCUUUGUAGAAUUUCCAAACAUGGCAAUUCACAAGCUUUUCACUUCGCAAACAGCGUAAUGACCUGGUAAUGACCUUACAUGGAACCGCUAAAAGUUUGAAUUGUUUCCUUACCUGAGAAGAAAAGAAGAGCUUUGUUGUUUUCUGUUGACUCGCCAAGUUUAUAACCGAAAAGGUUUGUUGUGUCGUUCUUCGCAUGAAGUGCUGAGAAAAAUGGCGAUUCGGUUCCUCGAGGUAAGACGUCGUCUUCAUGUAGCAUUCUUUCUCCUCUUUACUUGAAACGUAGGCUUUCUGCAAACAUUUGCUUUCAAAUUUGUUUGUCAUAAAUAAACUUCGUUUUUGGGCCAAAUUUUUCUCGUUGGAAAACGCUGAGUUCAGGAAACCGCCUCUUCUUAAAAGGCGAAUAAACGGGAGUUGUAAACAAUCCAUCGACCACAAAACUCAACUACAGUAAAUGGAAAAACGCCGUUUUAAAUCCUUCAAAGUCUUUUCUUGCCUGAAAAAAGACAACCCUAGGAUUCUGUCGACUUUUAAAAGAUCUUUUUCGAAGACAAUGGGAAAAAAACCGAGCUCACACUUUAUCCACUCCCUAGGAGGUUAAUAUUGUCGAAUAGUCCGAGAUAGCGAACCAAUCAGAUGGCUGAAAUCACCAAGAUCACUGAGUGUGUAUAUACUAAAUUGAAUAUGUCUGUCACAAAGCAUAUGAAAACUUCUACAUAGACAACCCACAUUACUACACAUUACUACACAUUACUUGCCGGCAGUGCUUAGAUUAAUCCUCAAAGAAAAUUUCUUCUACUUUAAUGGAAAGCACUACCUACAAAACCAUGAAACUGCAAUUGGCACAAAGACAGCAGUUUUGAUACCUUUGCCAACAUUUUCAUGGCAUAUAUUGAAACAACAACCCUAAGCAAAACCGUCUUUAGAACAACAGUUUGGAAAUGCUACAUACACGAUAUCUUUUCCUUAUGGGACAUGAGUAAACCAGACAUCGAAGCCUUCAUUGAACAAGCAAAUUUACAUCACCCAACUAUUAAUCCACGGCCGAACCAUUUGACACUAAGACUCCGUUUUUAAACACGGUUGUAUACAAAGGCACAUGCAAGAUUCAAGGAAAAAUCUAUCCUUGAUGCAAAGACACAUUUUAAACAAACGAAAACUUUCUUGCACACACAUUUCACCUCGUGUCACCCUCCAAGUGUUAAAAAAUGAUUUGUCAAAGAAGAAGCCUUCAGGGUUUUGAGAAUCCUACGAAAAAACUCCUCAGAAACAACCUUUGAGGAAAAUAAUUUUUAAAAAAACGCUUGAUGGACGGAGGCUACCUACCUACCUACUAUCAGAAAUAAAAUUCACAAAAGAGAGUCUAAACUCUUAAAACAAAACAACAAGGAGGAAAAAGAAAUAUUGCCAUUCGUGACACAAUACUACCCUCAGUGUCUACUAUAAAGGAAGCUUCAAUGAAAAAAUGGAAUCUUAUACAAAACUAUAAAUUUUUUAAAGAACCACCAAUUGUUUCCUUACAAAAAAGGAAAAUCAUUAAAGGACAUGAUCGUUAGAGCCAA